AUGUUACUGUGCCAGCCAGAGGACGUGGGGGUGCUAAGCUGCCUCAGCCUGGCCAACGAGGCCUCCAAAGGCACCCCAGCUGCUGCCUUUCCAACUGGGUGUCUCCAGGAUGAAUCAUCAGCUGCUGAGCUCAUCUUGCGCCUGGUUGUCUCAUUUGCUGUAGAGGGCAAUGGAACAAGCAGAGCUGUGAAAUCGAAGGAGUUAGCUGGAGAACUGGACUGGGACUUGGAAGAGCCUGAUUUCUUCCACGGGUGUGCUGUGUGCCGAGGCCGAGACGCCGGCGGAAAGAUGAAGUCCACUAUAGGCAUAGCCAUUCUUGUGACAGUGCUCCAGGUGGCCCGGUGCCAGCGAGUCAGAGACCUGACAGCUUGCUUGAGUGGGAAAAGCCUGCGCUUGGACUGUCACUACGACAGGAAGACGGACAACCCCCUUUCCUAUGAAUUUCGCCUGACCAAGGACCACGGGGAGGGGUCUGUUGUGGCUGGCAACUUGAAGGUACCCAGUAGCGUGUACAAGGGCCGCGCCAGUGUCAACACCACCAACAACCUUGUGUGCCUCUACCUCCAUGGCUUCACCACUGCCGAUGAGGGUGUCUAUGUGUGCAAGCUGAAGAUCACCAAUGACUAUGAAGGGCCUGACUCCAGGAACAUCUCGGUUAUCAAAGACCGUCUGGAGAAAUGUGCUGGAAUCAGUCUCUUGAUCCAAAAUACAUCCUGGCUUCUGCUCCUCCUCCUCUCAUUGCCUCUCCUGCAAGCCGUGGACUUCGUGUCCCUGUAAAGAAAGAAGGAAGGAAGGAAAGAAAGACGCCAAGGAAGCAGCAAUGGAGAGAGA